CUGCUCCAGAAACAGCGUAACCUCUCCAUUCAGGUACCCAGUUUACCGAUCUGGAUUACCCUCGGUGGCUCUGUUCCUGGCUUGACUUGUUGUUGGCUUAACCGACCAGACUCAUCUCAGUUUGAAGAUCUGGUGAAAGCCACGCUUCAAAAGAUCCUGGUAGACGCCGCCUCUCGCUUCGACCCAUAACUACCUGGCUAAUUCCUUCCAUCGCUCGGACACUGGGACACUUGGACUCUCUCUCUCUCUGACUGGGCAUUCUUGUCAAAGCACAAUUGCGACCGUCGACGCUCGUACCGCACGUCAUUGACAGCACCCUCAAUCAACCUUGUUCCCUCCGGAAUCUAUACAAAGACCCUCGAGGUUCCGGCCCUCGAGAUAUCAACCCUUUGAGCACAGGCACACACACCAUCCUCUCGCAUGUACUUCAACAUACCGACUCGUUGCUCCCCCCGACCACCUCAACAACCGCACUCAUGUUAUUAGUACCAGGCCCUCCGACACCCAUGCACAACGAUUUCAAAACUCAUGAAUAUCCAACCUAUCACAAACCACCCCCGACAAGAACCUAUUCUCCUCCCGAGUCCCCUCGCACCCUAUCCUCCUUCUUCGAGGAUACGAGGGAUACGAGGAUGAACAACUCUCAUCGCGGGCUGCCGUUACCUGCUGGUCUCAGUCUACCUCCUCCGGAUCGUGGCCAUUCUACGGCUCCUCCUCCUCCUCUGGGACAUUUGCCCGCUCCUCCGUCUCAAUGGGCUGGACAGGAUGAGUCGAUGCGGGGUUGGCUCCACGCAAAGGCCGAGGAGGAUCGUCGGAAGCAAGAGGAGGAGAAGACCCGUCAAGAGAGUCUACGCCUGGACCAGAGACGCGUCGAGCAAACCAUGCUACGUGAAUCACUUCAAGGCGGCAUUCCUCCUCCCAUGGUCCCCCUCAUCUUUGCUGGUAUCGGUGGAGGCAGCCUACCCAGUCACACGUUGGAAUGGGCACAGCAAUAUCUAGCCAGCUUGAGCAUUCAGAACCAACAGCAGCAGCACCAGAUCCAGGCCCAGCAGCAACAACUUCAGCAGCAACAACAACAGCUCCAACAACAACAGCAGCCACAGGUAUCCCCCGACCUACAUCGUGACAGCCGAAUGAUUCCUCCCAACCCUUACGGGUCGAUCCAACCUUCACAACCACCACAGCAGGCACAGGGGCACCUCCCGGCACAAUCAGGACAGGCACCUAAUCAACGUAACAAUUCAAUAUCCAGCGUCCAGGGUCCCUCGUCCGCCCUGUCACGUUUGAACACUACAGAAUUUAUUGCUGGCACCACCACAGGUCAGGCAAACCGGCAAGCUCUUCAUCCGCUACAGAGCACACAGACAGCCUCCUCUGAGCAAUCUUCGGGGCCGGGACUGUUCUUUCAUCACUGGACGCCGCCUAAUCCUUCUUCCGGGGGCCAACCUCCGACGCCGUCGGCCAAAAGCACUCAAAGUUCUCCUUUCUCCCAACACACGGCGUCUCAUCUACGGUCAGACUAUCAAAGUUCGCCCAAGAAGCGCAAAGGAGCAGGAGGUCAACCAGUUCCAGCACCGACGUCGGAUCCAUUGCAGGCCAUGUCGGCUCGAUCUUCGCGAGAGCGGGAAAUUUCACCAGGGCAUCGCAACCGCCCAAGUCGGCACUCUCGUCAAGACAGUGAUGUGUCAGUCCGGGAUCACGAGCUUGGCAGUCGUCACGUUGCCCGUCCUAGCAGUCGACAACAACGUCGAGACGAACUCAGUGGCGGUGCGCCAGGCCCAAGGAGGCAAUUGACUAGCUCGUCGACCAGUGGGUCCAGCGAUGACCACUCCGUUCGGUAUGAGGGGUUAAAAUCUGAAACGCGGUAGCUGAGCCAUCUGGCUGGUCCGGAGAUGAAGCGCAGGAGCAGGGGUGGGGCGUGGGUACUUUUGGCGAGGUCAGAUGUUGCUCGGACUGUGGUCGCUAUGCAAGGCUGUGCAUGUGUGUCAUUAUUUUCCUUGAGGCUCGGUCGGCUGGCAAAACCCAUGUUAAU